AGGGGGAGUUUGUGGCGGGACGACGAAAGGCAAAGCGCUGAUGCACACAAUCGGAUUCCGCAAGUCUGCCUGCGCUUGCGGCUUCAGGGGAGGAAGCAGCUGUUGUGUCCUCUCACGAAGUUUGGUCGGGUAGCGUGAAACGUGCGCUGGCUCGAGGCCUACGCCCCCACCGCCGCCGCCAUGACCACGUGUUCAGUCUCUAAGGGUUGCUUUGUGUUCAAGCCAAAUUCUAAGAGGACGAAGAUAUCUUCAGCAGCUGAUUACUUCAGUAAAGGUAAUAAUGACUCAGAGGAUCGUGGGCUACGAUUUGAUACCUGUCAGUUGUUAUGGAAACAGAUUAAAUGUGAAACAGAGCAACUUCAAGAGGACCUCAAUAAAAAACUAUUUGAUAACCUCAUAAGAUUUUUGAGACAAUCUCACUCAGACUUCAAAGAGAAGAAAACAGAAUGGGCUUGUCGGAUGAAGUCUAGUGAAAUUCCUACUGCAGCUGUUGUUCUAGGUGUGAACGUUACAGACCAUGACCUGACAUUUAAACGCCUCUCUGAAGUUCUUCAAGAUGAUGUUACUCCUUUUGUUGUGUCACUGAGGUCAAAAGAAUGCCCAGGCAUAAAACACCUUCUGCAGAAGAUGAUGAUUCAACUGAUGGACUGCCAUGUUGAUGUGGACUCAUAUGAAGAAGAAGAAGAAGUAUCUUCCAAGAUCUCCCCAAAUAGGAUACGCUGCUCUGUGGCUUCUCUUACUGCAUGGUAUAGGAACACAACCAAGAAAAUUGAUACUGAAACUUCAUGCAAAAAAAGGACAUUCUCAUCCAGACAUUGGGAGUCUCCUCCAGUUAUUGUUAUUUUCAAGGACAUGGAAAGUUUCACAACCAAAGUUCUGCAAGACUUCAUAAAUAUCAGCAGUCAUUGUAUACAUGAAUUCCCGCUGGUGCUGGUUUUUGGAAUUGCCACCUCUCCAAUGAUCAUCCACAAGUUACUUCCUCACUCGGUUUCCUCUUUGUUAUGUAUAGAACUCUUCCAGUCUCUUUCUUGCAAAGAGCACUUGACUAAAGUAAUUGACAAGCUACUUCUGACAAGCCAAUUUCCCUUUAAACUUAGUGAGAAAGUUCUGCAAGUGCUAAUAAACCUAUUUUUAUACCAUGAUUUCUCGGUUCAGAACUUCAUCAAGGGAUUUCAGCUGUCUCUUUUGGAGCAUUUUUAUUCCCACCCACUCAGUGUGCUGUGCUGUGAGCUGGAAGAAGCUAAGAAGAGAGUAAAUUUUUUAUCACACAGUCAGUGUGAAAAUAUUCGAAGACUGCCAUCUUUUAGAAGGUUUGUGGAAAGUCAGGUAUCAAACAAGCAGACUGUUCUGCUGACAGAUGAUGAAUGUUUAAAGGAAGCAGCACAGGGAUUGCUGCAAGAUUUGCAUACUUACCAUGAAAAUUAUUUCCCAGUUCUGCAGUGCCUUCAUGCUGUUACAUCUUCUCUUCCAAAGUAUCCGUUAGGCAAACAAAUCAGAGAGUUGUACUGUGCAUGUUUGGAGAAGAGAGUGUGGGAAACUGAAGAAUAUGAGUCAGCCAUUCAGCUGGUGAGGAUGUUGGCCAAGGAUGAGUUGGUGGCCAUUCUUGAAAAAUGUAUAGCGAUUCUUGCAUCCUUUCCUGCAAAACAUCUUGGAAACCCUUCAGAAAAAAUGGAGGAGUUCUUGGGCCGACUUAGAAAUCCUGAAGCCGAAACCAAUGAUGAUCAAGAGAAAUCUAUAUCCUCACUAAAAGAACUUCAGAAGAAGACAGACCUCUAUCAUCUUCAAAAGACUCUGUUGGAGAUGAAAGAAUCCAGAAGACUUAAGAAACUAACACAGUUUGAAAUGCUUCGUUUUGAAGUUGCUGACUUUAUAGAUGGCCUUGUGAAGAAUUACCUUGCUCCUGCAGAGAUGCAGACAUUGCAUGAGGUGAUGUAUUUCAGUGCAGCGAAUACCCUCCGCGAACAUCUGAACGCUGCCCCGCGUGUCGCUCUUCACACUGCUCUCAACAAUCCAUACUUCUACAUGAAGCAUGAAUCCUUGAAAAGUGAUGCUGGAUCCAUUUCUAAUACUGCUCCUGACAUUUGUAUAGCAUACAAGCUGCAUUUGGAGUGUGGCAGAUUAAUUAACCUUGUUGACUGGUUAGAGGCUUUUUCAACAGUUGUAACAGCAGCUGAAAACCCAAAUUCGUUGGUCAAGGACCACAUAGAAGAUGUUAUCCAUGCUCGUUUCAUUAGAGCAGUCUCAGAAUUGGAACUUUUGGGAUUCAUAAAGCCUACCAAGCAGAAAACGGACCAUGUGGCAAGGUUGACAUGGGGCAGUUGCUAAUAUGGAUUCUACUGACAGGAAGGAAAUCCUUUUAAACAAAACUUUGUAUGGUAUCAACAGUGCUAUCCAUUGGCUUUCAUUAUAGGCAAACACUAUUUUGCCAGUAACACUGACUGUAAUAAAGUACAUG